UCGAAACAGAGUAUAAUAUAAUAAAUAGCUUGAACAGUUUGUUGUCAUUCAAGAUAUUGGCAAUAAAUCGUUAUUACAAGAUCACUAGUUUGGAGACUUGCCUUGAAGUGUUGCAGCUUCAUUUGAAGGAUGAUUCCGCCCGUAGAUUCUUUGUUAAAGUAUGAUAACCCAGUAUUAGUGAGCAAGAACACUGAAAAGAAAACACCCAAGUCUCGUCCUUUGAAGGUAAGUCCACAGCAGCCAGCAUCAUCUGGUCCAGUUCCAUCACCACCCAAACCAAAGACACCUCCACUCGAUGGAAGCAAACAGCAGACUGAGGAAAUUCUAAAUGCAAUUUUGCCACCAAGAGAAAUUCUUUUGGAAAAUGGACAGCUGUGGAUUCAGCAAGUCUCCAGCACUCCCAGCACUCGUAUGGAUGUGGUUCACUUACAAGAACAACUAGAUCUGAAGUUACAGCAUAGGCAAGCAAGAGAGACUGGGAUCUGUCCUGUCCGAAGGGAACUCUACUCACAGACCUUUGAUGAGCUUAUCCGACAAGUCACCAUUAACUGUGCUGAACGUGGUCUGCUUUUACUUCGAGUAAGGGAUGAAAUUCGAAUGACAAUUGCUGCAUAUCAGACUUUAUAUGAGAGCAGUGUUGCCUUUGGAAUGAGGAAAGCUUUGCAGGCAGAACAAGGCAAAUCUGAUAUGGAGAAAAGGAUUUUAGACUUAGAAAAUGAAAAGAAGGACCUUGAGAGACAAGUCAAUGAACAGAAGGCAAAAUGUGAAGCCAUUGAAAAACGAGAGGCUGAGAGGAGACAAGUUGAAGAGAAAAAACAUGCUGAAGAAAUCCAGUUCCUUAAACGAACUAAUCAGCAGUUAAAGGCACAACUGGAAGGUAUUAUUGCCCCGAAGAAAUGAAGACUUGUCUUUUCUGGACUGACCCUGAGUGCAUAUGUGCCUUAGAUUCCACAGCUGAAAUUUAUAUUUUGUAAGCACUGAUUGCAGAACAAAAUAAUAGUAUUACAUGUUUAAUCCUUUCAAUGUUUUAAAAGAGUUCCAAAAUAAAUUUAUUUUACAAAGUUUCA